AUGACGCUUAUAAACCAAUUUGAGCACCCUGCUCAUAUUCUGCCCAAGGACCAGCAUCGCAUCAGCAAGCCAAAGAAACUGGGGAAACGUCGGUAUGGGGACGAUGGUUCUGACGAAGACCGAGCACGUCAGAUGCCUAGACCGGUGGCAAAAAUCACAAGAAACAAGAAAAUAAGACAACCCGAGGUUGCCGGCCAAAAGCUUUCUGUUUCCCGCAUCAUAGAAACCUUGGACCAAGAAUCCUUGCAGAACCUAAUUUCCAACCUUGUUUCCGAACACCCAGAAAUUGCAUCAACUUUAUUGAUGAUAUCCCCUCAAGUUACCAUAGACGACUCAUUACAAGUUUUAGAACAGAAGCUCGAUAGAAUCCUGGAAAACAUGCCCUACAGAGUGGACGCCUCCUCAGAUUACUCUUUCUUAAGAGUCAAGUCUCUGGUGGAGGACUUUUUCCAGUCUUUAUCUGACUACAUUCUCAAUUAUCUGCCCCCUGUGGAGUCAGACCUGUCUAUUCCGUUGACCUUUUUGAUGAAAUUCCUAACAAAAUGUUUCCCCAGACUGCCCAAGUUCCAGGCCGUUGAGUUCCGGUAUUACCACGGCCUGACGAUCGAUAAGUUGAACACCAUUCUGGACGACAUUCUCACGCAGUUCUUAAGCGAGAAGAAACACAACAUACUUCUUGUCAUUAAUAACAAUUGGCUCGACGAUUUCCGGAAAAUCAGCGAGCUCAACGAUAAUCAUUUCUCCAGCAUCUACGAGCAUUUGAAACAGGAAAUUGACCACUACCAUAACCCAGAGGUGGACGCCUCUGGUUCUGCGGCCGCCGCUAACUCUAACCGUUUGAUGGGGUUGGCCAAUCUCCUGAAUUUUUCCAGCGACAACAGCCCGUUGCAUGGCAACACUGUGGGGAAUGUUUUUGAUACGAUCUGA